CAUUUAUAAACUUUUAAAGCUAUGAUAAUAAUUCUGAACAACAGUCACGGGUCAGAAUAGUUUCCACGUUAAGGUAUUGACGGUCGUAUUGCAGAUUGAAAUGAUCCAUUUUAAUAACACCACAGAAAACAACACUUAUGGAAACGUGAGCGAUGAAAAGACACUGUCUAAAGUCUUCCGUGUUGACUCUUACUGUGUUCCAAUAGCCACUAUUUUAAGUGUGAUUUCAAUUGUCGGACUAGUGACGAAUUUUAUAGUUAUUGUGACUAUUGCCAGUGACAGAAAACUUCAUCAACCUACGUUUGUUGUCAUCUGUUCCCUUGCGGUGGCAGAUUUUUUGUUUUUGUUUACACGAUAUCCUAGAUACAUUAUACAAUGCUUUUUUACUGCAAAAUUUUCAGUAGAACUUUUAAGAGCCAUUAAAAUGAUUCUAGAUUUUAGUGGCUUUCUUGCUGGGAUAGCAUCGAUUGUUCAUAUUGUUUUCAUAUCAGUUCUUAGAUAUUUCAUAAUAGUUCAUCCGUUUAGAAGUUAUGUUCUUCUUACAAAUCUACGUGUUAUUUUGAUGACAUUUGUGAUAUGGACAUUAAGUGCAGGAAUCGCUAUUUUAUAUACAUUUGCUGUACUCAUAAACGGAUCUAAAGACCCUAGACUUCGAGAAACUACAAACCUCGUUUUAACAAUUUUAUUUUCCCUCCUCCCUGUUCUUUUUAUCACAACUUUGCAUGUUUUGAAAGCAAAUGUUCUCAUUCAGUCUAUUUCAAACUGUUCACAAACUGUACGGAGCAUGUCACGUAUUGUUACCAUUGUUCUAACUAGUUUCAUUAUAACGACCACACCAUCUAGUACAAUUGACAUAAUGAUCAUAUUUGGAUACAACUACACUAAAACACAAUGGUUUUCAAUUACAUCACAAUUAGCAAAAAUAUUACUAUUUCUAAAUUUUACUGUAAACCCCUUCGUUUACUUUGUAAAUUCAAUUCAGUUUCGAAAAAGUAUUAAAACACGUUUCGCAAGAAUUAAACACAGUAGAGGUAGUUCUACACUUACAAGUCAAACAAAUGCUUCGAAUAAUGAACGGUCCUCGUCUUACAUAUCUGGUUCAAGAUCACAACAGGUACACAUAGCAGAAUCAACCAGAAUUUGAUUACACGGAUAAAUAUUGAUGUGAAUAUUCAAACACGAUUUUCUUAUACAAGAAAAGAAAUCAGUUAUGUAACCACUACAAUUAGAACAUAAACAUGGUCAUCUGUGACACAGGUAUUCAAUAAAAGCCAACCAACUUGUAAUGACAUCUGUUAAUUAUUCUUUUUUGGGGGGAUAUAAAAUACUACAUGUAUUUUGGGGUUUGUUGUUGGUUGGGUUGCUGCC